AUGUCGAACGACAACAAUGAUCCCGUGAUCCGCUCCAUCAAUGAGACCAAGGCGGAGUAUAAACGUCUCGGCAACUCGGGACUGCGAGUUUCUGUUCCAAUCCUCGGUGCAAUGAGCUUUGGCUCUAAGGAAUGGCAACCGUGGGUCAUCGAGGAAGAUGAAGCUUUCCCGCUGUUGAAGGCAGCAUAUGACAAAGGCCUCAACACAUGGGACACUGCCAAUGUGUACAGUAACGGCAUUUCCGAGGAGAUCAUCGGCAAAGCUGUGAAGCAUUACGAGCUACCGCGCAACAAACUCGUGAUUCUUAGCAAGUGUUAUGGCUAUGUUGGCGAGACGCCGGAUGUCCGUGGAAUCAUGUAUGGCCAAAAGAUUGCGGAGUCCAAAGACUAUGUGAAUCGUGGAGGUCUAUCACGCAAUGCCAUAUUCGAAGCCGUCGAAGCUUCGCUGAAGAGGCUGGACAUGGACUAUCUCGACCUUCUCCAGAUUCAUCGAUUUGAUCCGUACACCCCACAAGAAGAGACCAUGGAGGCGCUGCAUGAUCUGGUGAAGAUGGGCAAAGUCCGAUACAUUGGAGCCAGCAGCAUGUGGGCUUACCAGUUCGCAAUGUACCAGUUUGUCGCGGAGAAGAACGGGUGGACCAAGUUCGUUUCCAUGCAGAACCACUACAACCUGUUGUACCGCGAGGAGGAGAGGGAGAUGAACGCGUUCUGUGACAAGACUGGUGUCGGACUCAUCCCCUGGGCGCCGCUAUGCAGAGGACACCUUGCACGGCCACCAACUGAAUUCGGUAAUACCGUGAGAAGUGAGGGCGAGAAGAAAUCCACCAUGUUCAGCACCGGCCAGACUGAGAGCGACCAGACGGUUGUGAAAAGGGUGCAGGAGAUUGCCGAGAAGAGGGGCUGGAAGAUGAGCCAUGUUGCGCUGGCAUGGAUCAACAAGAGAGUGGCCAGCCCGAUUAUUGGGUUCAGUUCCGUCGCAAGGAUGGACGAGGCUCUCGAUGCGAGAGGCAAGGUCCUGACUGAGGAGGAGGAGAAAUAUCUCGAGGAGCCAUACGUCACAAGGGCUGUCCAGGGUCAUUCGUAG